GGAAAAGAGAAAGGAAGAAGCUGAGGGGAGCGCAAGAUGUUUCUCUCCUGGCUCCUCGUUCAGAGUGUCCUGCUGUACAUUUAUAUGGUGGAGUUGGUGCCACUUCCAGAAGAACCCACAUACCUGACCCAUGGGGAAGUACAAGCAGCUCCAGAGAUUUCUGAAUUUACCAUGGAGAUGAUAGAAAUUACAGAAAAUGACCAGCUAAAAGUUCAGGAAUAUCUAAAUCAGUACUACAGCGGCGUUACAGCAAUUGGAAGAAAGGCAUCGCCAACAGAAGAAAAGAUAAAGGCCAUGCAAAGAUUCCUGGGAUUGGAAGUCACUGGGAAAAUUGAUGUCAAUACCAUGAAAGUUAUACAGAAACCCAGAUGCGGGGUCCCGGACGUUCAAAAAUUCAGUCAUUUCGCUGGAAAUCCAAAAUGGCAAAAAACAACUAUAACCUACAGAAUUCUUAACUACACUCCGGAUAUCACUAAAUCAGAAGUAGACUAUGCCAUUGCACAAGCUUUUAGAGUGUGGAGCGAUGUUACCCCUUUAAAUUUCCAAAAGCUGAAUAGCGUAGAUGCCGAUAUACUGAUCUCUUUUAACACUAAAGCUCAUGGUGAUUUUAAUUCGUUUGAUGGGCCCAACGGUGUUCUGGCACACGCCUAUGCGCCCGCCGAGGGCAUUGGGGGAGAUGCACAUUUUGAUGAGGAUGAACAAUGGACGUUGGGACCUCAAGGUGCUAAUAUUUUUCUUGUUGCUGCCCAUGAGUUUGGCCAUUCCCUUGGCCUGUCUCAUUCCAACGACCCCAAUGCUUUGAUGUUCCCAACGGCCUCGUUCGGCAUGAUGAUUAACCCUGCUCAGUAUAAGCUUUCUGCAGAUGAUAUCGCAGGCAUCCAGACUUUAUAUGGAAGAAGAAACUCCAUUGAACCAAAGCCCAAUCCAAUGCCACCAGUGAUCACCCCCAAACCAGCACCGCCCCCAAAGAACCAGCCAAAUAAGUGUGAUCCCAACCUUCAGUUUGAUGCUGUUACGAGCAUGAGAGGAGAUCUGCUCUUUUUCAAAGACGGGGUGUUCUGGAGAAAGAGCGCACGAUUUCCAGAAGUGGAAACCAUCUCCAUGAAUAUUAUUUGGCCGAGCGUGGGAAGAGUGGAUGCAGCUUAUGAAGUUGUAGGGAGAGACAUAGUAUAUCUAUUCAAAGGACGACAACACUGGGCCACAAGAGGAUGGACCAUUCUUCCGGGAUAUCCAAAGGACAUCAGCUCAUUCGGAUUUCCGUAUGAUGUUAAAAAAAUAGAUGCCGCGACCUUCAUCAGAGAAGAAAUGAAAGCCAUUUUCUUUGUUGGAGAUAGAUAUUAUAGCUACAACCACAGAACCAACGCAAUGGAUUCCAGGAAACCUCGAAAAAUAAAAUCUGAUUUUCCUGGAAUUGGAAAAAAAGUUGAUGCGGCAUUUCAGAAUGGUUAUCUCUACUUCUCUGCAGGAGCCAAACAAGCGGAAUAUGAUUACAGAGGGAAAAAGGUGGUCCGUUACCUGCAGAACUACAGAUGGAUGAGCUGCAAAUGAAACUGAUUAGGUCUUACUAUAAUAAUAUAACUUUUUCUAAGAAAUUACUUUAAACAUAACCAUUCCUAUUAUAGAGCUAAGACUUACUGCACAUCGCUACUACAGGUAUUAGACCGGUUAUCCAGAAUACUCUGGACCUGGGGCUUUCCAGAUAACGGAUCUUUCCGUAAUUUGGAUCUCGAUACCUUAAGUCUACUAGAAAAUCAUGUAAAUAUUAAAAAAACUAAUAGGCUGGUUUUGCUUCCAAUGACGGUUAAUUAUAUCUUAGUUUGGAUCAAGUUCAAGCUACUGUUUUAUUACUACAUUGAAAAAGGAAAUCAUUAUAAAAAAUUUGGAUUUGGAUAAAAUUGAGUCUAUGGGAGAGGGGCAUCCCAUGAUUCAGAGCUUUCUGGAUAAUGGGUUUCUAGAUGACGGAUUCCAUACCUGUAUAGCACUUGGUAGAAGUGAGAUGUGCAUAUCAUAGAUAUAUGCAUACAAAAGCACAGUGUUAGAAUGGUUACAAUUAGUUUUUUUGCACAGAUUAAGCCACAAAUAAUUUUAAAAACAUAGUAAUAUCUGGUGCAAAUCUCUGAAGCAAUCCUUUUACCAGUUGAUUGUGUUUUACAGAUGCAUGCACAUACACAUUAUUCACGCUCUUCUUAAAGACGUUUCGGGCCUAAAAAAACAGAAGUGUUAUUAAUGAUUUGUUAUUAUCUGGCUCCUUUGAUCUGUAUAGUGACAAUCUCGGCAUUUGCACAAUUAUUAAAGGACAGUUAUGCCAAUCACAUCCACAGUAAUAACAAUGUAUGGCUUCCACUGUUGAAUAAAUCUUUGUGUCUGAA